AUGGCCAACAGGGCGCGAGCCAUGUCGAUCAACCAUCUGCCAGACGAGCUUCUUUCCAGAAUUAUCUCGCUCGCUACUGUCGCCAAUUCUGCAGGACUGACAGCAGAAGUUGACGCUGAGGAUACCGGCCAGACUCGCGAGCCGAACCUCACGGAUGCCCCCGGUGGUAGCAACCUCGCGGCCGUUUGUAAGCGAUGGAUGCUGCUGAUGACGACACUACGCGUCCGUGGCGACUUUGACUCACACUUUUCCGAACUCCGCCGUCCUGAUCGGCGCGAGAUGACGCUUUCCGCUCCCGCCAUCUCCGCGCCGGCGCUCUUCCGCGCGCUGGCGCUCGCGCCGAGCAUCACGGCGCUAAUUCUGGAGGCGAACGCCGUCGAUUUCUACGACGACGAGUUCCUGUCUCGCCUGCUCUCCGCGCGCCCUCAGCUCGCCCGCCUCAGCAUUGCCCCUCCCCGCUUCACCGGAGCGCCCCACUUUCGAAUCAGCACGAAAUCUCUCGAGAAUUUCUUCCGCGUCGCGUCGUCGCGCCUGCAAGAGCUCUCGCUGCGUGAAUGCUUCGGCCACACGACGAAGCUUCCUGCUUCCAUCGCAUCGCUGUCGUCGCUGCGCGUGCUCCGCAUGUGCUCCAAGGUUCUCCGCUCGCUUCCCAACGAAAUCUCCAACGUAUCCCUCGAGCCGCUAAGUCAGCUCAUAUCUCUGGAGCGGCUGGAGUUGGCAAGCUACAACCACAAGGAGCGCGUUCCCGAGGCGGUCUUCACGUUGCCGUCGCUGGUGUACGUGAAUAUGCGCUACUUCGUGUGGCUGGAACCUCAUGACGUGAUGGCGGUGGAGAACACGACGGGAUACGUCGCACGGAAUCAUCCCGCUGCUGCCGCCGCAGACGCAGACGCAAACGCAGCAGCAUCAGCAGCCGCAGCAGGGCACCACUCGGCACUCGGCCCUUUGCUGAAGCAUCUCACCAUGUACUUGGGCAGCCUGGGUUACGGCAGGAGAAGCAUCACACUGUCCGCGCGUCUGUGCUCGCUGCUCUCCCUCACGCACCUCUCCAUCGACGGACUCUCCUCGUCCAUCAUACUCCCCUCGGAUCUAGGCCAUCUCACCAACCUGCGCUCUCUCUCCCUGUGUGGCACCUGGCUCUUCCUCCCGCACUCCCUCUCCCGCCUCGCCCCGUGCCUGCACUCGCUCAAGCUGCACUACAACAGUGGCGUCAAGAGCUUGGAUGCCUUUCAGCGCGCGUUCCCUUCCUUUCUCACGGACCUCACCUCCCUCACACACCUCCACCUCCACAACAUACACCUUCCCUCCUCCCUGCCUGGCGUUGCGCGCCUGUGCGCCCUCCGCACGCUACACAUAGAGUACGGCUGGCACCACCGCAGCCACGUGUCGCUUCCAGAAGAUCUGGGCCAGCUGGCAGCCUUGGAGUGGCUGGAGCUGAGAGGCUGCUCUUUGAGCGAUGGGCUUCCGCGAACUCUCUGUGACCUGACCUCCCUGCGCCGCCUGUUCAUUGGUAGCAAAGCCUUAAAGCAGGUGCCCACAGAGAUUUCUCAGCUGUCGCGCCUGGAAGAGCUCACUCUUGACUCGUGCAACAGCCUGGAAUCCCUACCUCCGGGGUUUGGCUUCCUGAGAUCACUGAAGAAUCUGCAUAUUCGUGGUGGGUUGAGAUAUCCCCUGCCUGACACUUUGGGAGGCUUAUCCUCGCUUGAGGAGGUCUCUUUGGCUCGCUGUUCUCACGGUUUCAGCCUGCCUCCCUCCUUCUGCCUCCUCCCUCGUCUGCUCACGCUUACUCUCACCAGCUGCGACGAUCUCACUGCCUUGCCUUUUACCUUCGGCUCGCUAUGCUCCCUGCAGCGCCUCUCUGUCCACUCAUGCAAGAAGGUCCACCAUCUGCCUGACUCGUUCUCCGCCCUGCUCUCCCUCACCUUUCUCACCAUCUCCAAAUGCCUGGAUUUCGCCUCCCUUUCUGAGACCUUCGGUUUGCUGCCCCGCCUAACCCGCCUCAAAAUUGUCGACUGCGACUCAUUCACGCACCUUCCCGGGUCCUUCUCCCUAUCCACGCUCCAAGUGGCCUGCUUCAGCCAUUGCAAGCACCUGCACUCCCUCCCUUCCACCCCCAGCCUGCUUCCGCGCUUGGAAGUGAUUCAACUGAGGGAGUGCGAGGCGCUCAAGUGUCUGCCUGAGUCGCUCGGAGAGGUGAGGGCGCUGCGGCACGUGGAUGUGUAUGGCAGUGGUGUGUCGGAGAAAGGGGUGGAGGAGGUGGGCUUUUGUGGGAAACAAGUGCAUGUUGUGUGGGGGAGGAUGGGAAAGGCUGAGCACGUGGGAACGAAGGACAAGGGGAGGAAGGGGAGAGGAUGUGCGCGGUGA